AUGACUUUCACUCUCUCUCUCUCUCUCUUUUCUCCCUCUCUCUCUUUUCUCCCUCUCUCUCUUUUCUCCCUCUCUCUCUUUUCUCCCUCUCUCUUUCUCUCUCUCUCUCUCUCUCUUUUCUCUCUCGUCUAUAUCUAUCUAUCUAUCUAUCUAAACACCAGAGUCGACACAAUCCACACUGUUAAUCUCUCUCUCUCUCUCUCUCUCUCUCUCUCUCUCUCUCUCUCUCGGCUUUUUUCUUUACUCUCACUUUUCCAUUCAGUUCUUGUUCUUACUAUUCUCAUUGAAUGUUUUAAAAUUGCAUUUAUCCCCUCUCUCUCUGUUUCUCUCUCUCUCUCUCUCUCUUUUUUAUCACCCAUCUCCCUCUUUCUCUCGAUCCCCGACUCUCUUUCUCUCUCUUUCUAUAUCACGCAUCUCUCUCUUUCUCUCGCUCCCGACUCUCUUUCUCUCUUUUUCUCCUUCACUCUCUCUCUCUUUCUCUCUCUCCCCAUCUCUCUCUUACUAUAUCACCCAUCUCUCUCUUUCUCUCGCUCCCUGACUUUCUUUCUCUCUCUUUUUCUCCUUCUCUCUCUCUCUCUCUUUGUCACUCUCCCCAUCUCUCUCUUACUAUAUCACCCAUCUCUCUCUUUCUCUCGCUCUCCGACUCUCUUUCUCUCUCUUUUUCUCCUUCACUCUCUCUCUCUCUCUCUCCCUCCCACUCUCUCUUUGUCGUCACUUUUGUUCUUUCCUUGUCCUUUUUCUUUAUUUCAUGAUUGUCGUCAUCACGUUCGUAACAACGGGAUUUUUCCUUUCUUUAUUUUUCUUUAG